AUGUAUGGCAAUACAGUUCUUCAUAUUGCAUGUGAAAGAAAUAAUUAUGAUCUUGUUCAACUUCUUUUACAAUCUGAUUUUGGACAGAAUUCUUAUUCACGCUCGAUAUCAAACUAUUUGGGACAAACUCCGUGCCAAUGUACGUGUUCUCCAAAUAUUCGCUCGCUCUUUGUUACAUCACCAUCGAUGAUGAAUCAUUCGAUCAGUAUCAAUAAUAUUUUAACGUUAUAUCCAAAUAAUCAAUUUCCUAAUCCAACAACUGUUCCAUUGAAUGAUACUGAAGUCGAUUGGCUUCGUAUGUAUGACAAUGCAACAGACGCGUUGGAUGCUCGAUUUUUGAUGAGUAUUACUCGUUCUUCUUGGAUGGUCAAAACAUUGCUAAGAUUUCUGAUGGAAAAACAAGCCGUUGAUAUAGUUGCAUCUCUUAUCAAACGGUAUAUUACAGAUGAAGACGAAUACGAGGAAGCUAUGGAGGCCUUCAAAGAUUACACCAAUACUAAAAACCCCGAACAUCUGCUUAGAAUUUAUUCUAUGGACACCCCUCUUUACAACGCUCUUCGGAAGGAGAAUAAUGCUUUUACAACAUUACUCUACAUGCGUCUGGAUGGUUUGAAACAAAGGAAUUUUCCUAAGGGUGACCUCUAUCGUGGCCUAACAAAAGAGAAUCCUGAUGAAUAUCAAAAGAUUCUUCAAAUUUAUCAAAAAGCCAUGCAGAGUAAGAGCCAUAUUAUUGAAACCUGUGCACUGCAUUCAACUUCGUUAUGCAGAGAAGUAGCUGAAUCCUUCGCUGAUAAUAUCAAUGCAACCAGUUACGCUAUUUUUUUCCAUUUCAAGUUUCCAAAUGAAUGUCCCACAGCGAUUAAUCUUCGUGGUAUUUCGAAAUUCGAUGAAGAAGACGAAAUACUACUAUUACCAUUUACAUUAUUUAAAAUAAUAGACAUCAAGGAGGAUUCACCUAAAUACCAUAUUAUAUCACUUGAAAAUGUACCAGUUCCUCCAGCUACAUUCAAUAUUAUACGGAGACAUAUUCAAAUAUGA